UUUAAAACCCCUUUGCUUCUUCUUCUUCUUCUUCUUCUUGUGAAUGAAAAAGAGAAAGAAAAAUAAUGGAGAAGACAAGAGAAGUUGCAAAACACGGACGUUUACUACUUGUGCCAUGUCCAUACCAAGGCCAUAUUAACCCAAUGCUUAAUCUAGCAACAUACCUACACAGAAACGGCUUCUCUAUAACCAUUGCUCAUACAUCCUUCAAUUCCCCAAACCCUAAUCGUCAUCCGGAGUUCACAUUCAUCUGCCUCAAUGACUGCCUAGCCGAUGACCUUGUCGCAUCUUUGGAUAUCGCCAUCUUGUUGCUCACUGUCAACAAUAAUUGCAAGGCUAGCUUGGAGGAAGCCAUGGCCACUGUCCUUAGAGACGUUGUGUGUGUAAUACACGAUGAGAUCAUGACCUUUUGUGCGGAGGUGGCUAGCAGUUUUGGGGUUCGGAGUUUGGUGCUUCGAACAAACAGCGUAUCGACGUGUAUUGGUCGCUCCGUCGUUUUGCAACUUCAUGCGGAGGGUCGACUUCCUCUACUCGAUCAAGGGUUCAUGGAAGAUGAGGUACCAAAUCUCCAUCCUUUGAGAUACAAAGACUUACCAAUCUCAGCCUUUUCAGAUAUCUCCCAAUCAACAAAACUAGUCCACAAAAUGCACGAUCUCACCACUUCUUCAGGUGUGAUUUGGAACACAAUCCCAUUUCUUGAACCAUCCGAAUUCACCAAAUUCAAAGCCAAUAUUUGCAACCAAAUCCCUAUUUUUGCAAUUGGCCCAAUCCACAAGAUUUCCCCAACCUCAUCUUCUUCAAGUUUGCUCAAUGAAGACUACACUUGCCUCCCAUGGCUCCACAAACAACCUCCCAACUCAGUCAUCUAUGUCAGCUUGGGCAGUGUUGCCCUCUUAACAAACCAUGAACUCCAAGAGAUGGCUUGGGGGUUGGUUAAUAGCAAUCAACCAUUCUUGUGUGUCGUUCGCCCUGGCUCCGUUCGAGGCUCGGAUGGGAUCGGAUUUGUUUUGGAAGAGUUUCAAAAGAAGGCUGGAGAUAGAGGGUGUAUUGUGGAAUGGGCUCCACAAAAGGAAGUGUUGGCUCAUAGGGCUGUAGGUGGAUUUUUGAGCCAUUGUGGUUGGAAUUCUACACUUGAGAGUUUGAGUGAGGGUGUUCCAAUGUUAUGUAAGCCUUAUUCAGGAGAUCAAAGAGGGAAUGCAAGGUAUAUUAGUUGUGUUUGGAGAGUGGGGUUGACUUUGGAAGGUCAUGAGUUGAAAAGAAAUGAAGUGGAAAAGGGUAUUAGAAAAUUGAUGGUGGAAGAAGAAGGGAGGAAAAUGAGAGAAAGAGCAAUGGAUUUCAAGAGAAGAAUUGAAGAUUGUUUAAGGGAAGGUGGCUCCUGUUCUCGUAACUUGAGAGAGCUUGUUGAUUUCAUUAUGUCUUCUUAGAUCAACCUCUCUUCUUAAUGAACCUCUAUUAUUUUAACUUAAGUAUGUUGAAAUCUUCUCAAUGAACCUCUAUUAUUUUAACUUAAGUA